GUAUCCCAAGUCUUACAACACUACCGAUCCUUCUCAUCGUCGACGACGAACCCGACAUGCCUUCCUUCGUCAAAGGGGUCAAGCGCCGGAUUCGCCGCCUCAAACAAAUCAUUCAUGCCGGGCAUCCGCAUGAUGGGCCGGAGACUACUCCGGGUACCGACCGCUGCCUUUCCCCGGCCCUGCACGAAGUCGUCGGCGGCAUACCAUGCCCACCCGUGACAAUACCCGCGUCGCCCAGGUCGUCGACUAGCACGGACACGAUGGCGGUAGCAGGAGGGCUCAUGGGUGGGAAGGAGGUGGGACUGUCGGACGCGGUAGCGAGCAGCCGGGGGUCGUCCCAUUAUUCAACCGCGGAGACCGCCAUCUUCGGAGACAUCGAGUCGGACCGGUCCUCGUCGUUGGAUGCGACGCGCCCAGUGUCAUCUCAAUCCGUUGCUCUCGACGCGUCGACCUCUACUUACAGCACGGCUAGCGAGGGCAGCGAAGCACAUCUUCCUAACAUACUUGAGGCGGUUAUCGAACCGAUGUCGGCGCCUUCUAGCUCUACGGAGGAGCCUCAGCUCGAUGAACAGCCUGAGUCUCAUCCAGUUCCGGUGGCGGAGGAGCAGAGUACUGAGCCGGUGCUGGAAGUGACCGUGGAUGUCGCUGCUGAGCCGGAGCCAGAGGUAUCGCUUCAGAAUGAUUCUCAGUCUCAGCUGACGGCAUCGCCGCCUCCUCCUGAGUCCACCGAGUCGAUUCCGCCCGAGGAGGAGGACACGUCGGAUCGCGCUCCAGGAGAGCCGCGGGAGGAAAUUCCUUUCACGAGCCCUCCACCGCCCGUUCUUGUCGAGCCACCAGUUCCCGAUCCUUUCUUGGUCGACGACUCAGAGUCAUCGGACGCAGGUUCUGAACGUGAACCACAGGCUGCUCCUGUUACCAGCGACUCGCAGCUCUCCGAGUCUAUGCACCCCGCCGAAGAGAUAUCGCUCGCGGCGUCUGCUACCUUGCCAACACCCUCCCAGCCCUCUCCCGCUCCUCUACCCUCUCCCAACCUGAACAAGUCCGUCCCACCCACCCCCGCGCCCAUCUCGGACGACGAAGAAGACGAAGAAGAGACCCCGGAGGUCUACCUCCCCGCGCUCGUCCACCCGACGAUGUUCCUGCCUAUCCCGAAUGUACGCCUCUCUUCCGCCUUCUCAUCCCUGACGUGGUGGCUGUCGUCCAGCCGGCGCCGCCUCCCGUCGUUUUCGUACUAUCCUUAUUCUCAUUCCCUCCUUCCUCGUCUGCCUCGCGUGUAAAAGAGUUGUACUUACUAUCGUUAUUUUUCUCUCCUCCGUGUUGUAUUUGUAGACGGACCCUCUGAGUACUUUGCUCGCGAAAUACAUAACUGAUCCAAGCCUACGUCCUGCGCGGGAUCUGAGCGGCGAGUGGCAAAGCAGGGAUUUCCAUACCCUCGUUACGACGAACUCCUGGAGAGCACUAGCAAGAAUGGCUCGGGACCGCAUAGUCACUACAGACCCUGAAGACAUUUCUCUCGUAUUGGACCUAUGGUACCUCCGCAUAUCCUCAUUAGCUAGGCUUCGGCUCACCAACCAAGCCUCCGCCGAGAUGAACAACCUCUUCUCCGUGCUCU